AUGCUGCAAAGUCAGACCCCAGCAUUUUGGUCGGUUGACCAUCAACGUGGCUGGAGAACUGUAGGGAACAUCCAAGACCGAAACCAAACAGAAGAUCUGGGCUCGCUGGCGCCCCGGUAUGCGGUGCACCCAGCGAAGGGGAGCGUCCGUGACGAGAAUAGCUUAACCGCGACACCUAUCAGUUGGCGAGUCAGCCGGACCUUGAUGCCCUUAGGCGACCAAUGGUUGGUGGUGCGACAAUUCAUCAGUCAGUAG